ACCCGCAAACAGUUGCAGUGUACCCUCGAUAAAGCUCCUCAGGUACUUGCCAGUUGCUAUAGCGUCCACGUUUCGACAUCCGUGAUUGAUGGGUUUCACUACUGCACUACCACGGGGGCAGGAACACAGUGGUAUCCCUGAGGUCCCUUCGGGGCCCAAGAUAUCUCCAAGUCCUCCCUUUGAACUAUCCAUCACUCCAGGCAUGGGGGUUAGUCGACCGGGCAACGUAUUACCGGAAUACAAAGCGGAGGCAAUGCAUACUAUUCCGGAAGAGUGUGAGAGGCUCUUCUGUGACAUAUUGUCUGCGAUUUUCCUUGGUGAGAGGAGAUUAUCUAGACAAGAGUUGCUUGGGGUAGAUGUGUCUCAAGGCCGGCUGAAUAAGAAUAUGCCGGUCCAAAAGUGGUUUGAACUGUUGGAUUACACCAGUGACACCAUCCAUCGAGGGUUUGUAACCAACCUGAGCGGUGAACAAACAUUGUUUGUUUUCCUUGCAGAGAAUGCACUCGGCCACGGCCUGAAAACUGGGUAUGUACGCCAAAACUUUCCUCUAGAAUAUAUAGAAGGCAUGGCACUGGGGAUAUUACUGACACGCUACAAUUCUUGCUUUCAAAGGUUAAUUGCCCUGUUUGAGCUUGCUAAUCUAUCUGCUUUUGGGUGUGCCCAAAUUGUUGCCUGCGUACCCCGCUCUCACGAUGGAGUUGAACUUGAGGCUGUAAGGAACCUUGGUUGGUGUGGAUUCAAUUUGACUACCUUGCAGCCGUGGAGUGGUGGAAGCGGUAUCGAAUGCUCUCUUAGCACCAAGUGGCUCUUUUUGGAUGUUGAAGUUUAGGUGUUCAUGAUUUAACAGCUAGCUUGUAUAUGGUGAAAGGAAAAGGGUUUCAAUAUAUUUUUUCUCAGACGGCAUA